UGCUCAGAUUUUCUGCAUAAUAAUGCAUUUAAAAGUUAACGACCAAAUAGAUGUUUAUAAAAUUUCACAUUGCUGUUGCAGAUGGAAUAUAACAGGGAUAACAAUAAAUAAAUAGUUUUUAUCAGUUUAAAUGUUGAUUAUUAGUAACUCAUCCGCCACGUUUGUAGUUUUUCUAACGCUUUUUAUUCGUGUUUGUAGUUCUGGACCGAAUCCUUUGCCAAAGCGCAAUGGAUUGUGGGCAGUUUUAGCCAUUAGAGUGUGCACAGUUCCUGAAAUAGUAGACCAUCCGGGGACUUUUGGCAUACUCUUUUCAACAUACUAUGCUUUGGGACACACUUAUUGUAAUCUCACAUACUAUUUAGGAUGGAUAGUAUGAACAUUGGGACGCAGGGCAGGAUCUGAUGUGCUGUGUUGGGGAGGCUCCGGGAACGUGUUUGGGAACCCCUGACAUAACACACAUUAUAUUAGAUUUAUAUAUUAUUAUAUUAUAUUGUAUUGUUAUACUGUAUUUCUGGUUAGAGAAACACCACUCUUACAGUGAGAGACAACACAGACACACUAAGGGGCUGUUUACACCUGGUCACUUAAAAAUAAUAAACGUGUGAGAACGUUUCCCUGCUGAAAAAAAAAACUAUAGAACCCUGCACAAAACACAAUAGAAAAUGUAAUGGUUUUAAUGAUUAUAAUGGGAAUUGUAUUGGUUUUAAUGGAAACUAUAAUGGUGUCUGGUAUGUGAUGGAUUCUGUUGGUGGGAUGUUAAAUCCUAUUGGAAAAAUGCCCAAAAUAUUUUUUAUAUAGGAAUUUUGUAAUGGUUUUACUGGAAAAAGCUAAUGGUUUAUAAUGGUAUUUUAAUGGAAACCAUUAUUUCUGUGAUGGUUUCUAUUGGGCUUCUAUUGUUUGUUUUAGCAGGGUUUAUAGGCUAUAUGUUAUAGUCAGAUUGAUAUGACAGCACUAAUGCAACAGCAUCACCGCAGAUGAGUAACUGAGGAUCUCUUCAGCAAGCCGACUCGCAAACUGCCGCGAAUGAAACUGAAAAAAAAUGCAUACGGAAGUGUUGCUUAGCAACAGAAUGCGUGUCGCACGUCAACAUCAGGUGCUUGAGGACAACAGCAGAGACGCAUAGAUGGCGGAGAGAAACACUCUGGAGAAACUCGAUCUCGGCGCAUUAAGCCCCGAGCAGCAAGAGAAGCUGCAUCAGUUCAAGGUCAAGACGAGGAUAGCUAAUGAAAAAUAUUUAAGGUCUCAUCCAGAGGUGGAAAUGUUACUGAGUGACUUCUUAAGGGAUGUGUUUCUGAAAAGGCCUACAGAUAUUCGUGAAUUUGCAGCAGAUCAUUUCAGUGACCCAGGACUGCCAAAGAAAAUUCAGGAGCAAAUGAAUAUCCAUAAUAAGUGAAAAAUAUGGAUUUAUAGUGUUUUCUAAUAAAAGAGAAAAAUUAUACAA